GAAGAUUUUGUUGUCUACUUAGGUCUUUCUUCUUUAUUCUAAGUGUUUAGAAAUGUAAGUGGUUGCCUAACAUAUUUCUCUCUGUUGUAAUCUCAGGGGGCCGUGCACAACCGUGGCAAUGCGGCAUGAUGACAAAGUCAGGGUACAUGCCCUGGCUGGCUGUCAUUGCUGUUGAUGGGGACCCCUGCUGCUUCGGGUCUCUUAUUAGCCCCGACUUUGUGCUGACAGACGGACACUGUGGAUUUGGACCUGAGAGUAAUGUACGGAUCUCUCUGGGACACAUGGUGACUGCAGAUCACGGAGACAACUGCCAAGAGAUGAGGAGUGUUGAAUACUACAAGUGCAACGAGCCCACAGCCAAGUCACAUCUAACCAAGGACGGCAUUUGUCUUCUGAAGCUCUCAAGCCCGGUGAAGUUCUCAGAAUAUGUCUCUCCCAUCUGCUUACCUGAGAGCUCAGAAUGCCCUUUCCCCACCGGGAUGCCGAGCUACCUCACGACCGGAACAUCUCCUGGAGACCUGGUGAAAGUGCCGAUAGUCGGAUACAACCAGUGUAAAUGCUCCUACCCUACACUCAACCAGUAUCAGAUCUGUGCUGGACAGGGAUAUGGACCACCAAGGCUGAACAGAUGUCUGGACAAUCUGGGGGCUGGAGUUGUGACCAGAAUCGAUGGUAGGAUGACCCUGGUUGGUGUUGUGAAUGUGGAUCAGAGCUGCACCGAUCAUGGAUAUCUCAGACCGUUCACUUCCGUGGCCCCGUUCUACAGCUUCAUCCAAGGAGUGGCCUGUGACGUCCCACCGGUCUUCAUUCCCUUCCACCCCACAGGAUUUGACCCUGACACCAACUUCGUCUGUCCAGCACCUGGUCAUCCCGAGCCGGGAGUACCAGUGGAUGACAAGGAGGGUUUUGAGGAUGUUUUUACUGAUGGUGUAGCAGGGAUGCACUCUUCCCCCUUCAUCUUCCUUUGUGUUCUUGUUCUCUCUCUCUUCAUUACUCACUGA